GUGAAAUGUAGUAAAGGGUAUCAUGUUGCCAUCCACACUAUUAGUUGAUGGAGUGAUCACUUCAUAUUUAAGGCAUUUAAUUGAGUUUUGGAGGUGACGACAAUGAUCAAAUGGGUUACCCUAAUGUGAUUAAUUGUUUUUUUUUUCUUUUUGUUUGUAAGGUCCAGUUGAUAUUGUUGUAGUUUUCGGUUUUUUGGUUUUUUGUUUAAUAAAGUCAAGUAUUUCAAAUGAUCAAAUUUACAUGCCAUAAAAUAAAAUAUGGUGUAUUAGAGUUUGUAGUGAAUGAUUUUGAUAGCAAUCAAUUAGCCUAUAUUAUAAUGUUGCUAUAUAUCUACUCCUGAUAUUGUGGUUCUCUUGAUUUAAUUGUUAUGCAUAAAACUAGCUUUGCAGCGUGGCAAAACGAUUUACCCAAUGACGAAAGAUAUUCUUUUAUGUACUCACUGUGGUGUGCUUAUGCUUUCUGGACAUGGCUGGGUUUGCAAGCAGUGCGCGAAUUUUCAGCUCUGUGGCAAGUGCUAUGAAGUCGAACAAAAACAAGACAAGGGAGAAAGACAUCCUACUAACCAGAAAGACAAACAUGCACUUUAUCCAGUUGAGGUCAAUUAUGUGCCAAACGACACCAACGACAAAGAUGUGAUUGUUGAGAGUGAAGAUUCUGCCCCAGCAGCUGUGACAACAUGCAACAUAUGUCAUUUGGAUAUUGCUAUUAAUCAAGUUUGGCGUUGUGUAACAUGUCAAGAUUUUGAUGUAUGUAAUCCUUGUUUCCAAAAGGAUGAAAGUAUCAAUCAUCCUCAUAAGUUGACCAAUCAGCCUUCCAUGGCUCAUUCUGAUGCUCAGAAUCAGGAAGCUAGACAACGUGUUCUACAGCUUAAUGAGUUGCUUGAUCUGCUGGUGCAUGCAACAAAAUGUCAUUCACUAGAUCGUCAGUGCGAGUAUCCCAAUUGCUUGAAGACUAAGGGUAUGAUACGCCAUGGGAUGCAGUGCAGAACUCGUGCAGAAGGGGGUUGUGUUCAUUGCAGGAAGAUGUGGUAUCUGUUACGACUUCAUGCUCAAUUUUGUAAUGAUUCUGAAUGUCAUGUGCCUCGAUGCAGAGAUUUGAAAGAGCGUCUCAGUUCCUUUAAAUUGCAAGACUUGUGCAUCUGAUUUCAGUCGUCGUGGCUUUGAUGACAGCUUCUUCUUUGGAUCCCAGUGUUUUUGACUAUGUUGUUAAUCGCCCUUGGUAGAGAUUCGGUUUGGAAGCCCUUGGCAGCCUUCUUUCUCUUCUCUCUCCUUUCUUCAAUUGCUUAGUCUGCACUAUAUAUAGCAGCUACCUGUUACAAACUUGCAACUGCUGCUACUCGUAAUUAUAUUAGUCGGAUUUAAAAAUUUGUCGUCUUUGGAUGUUUGAUGUAGACUAUGUUUGGGGUCAUGUGACUCAUGUCUGAGCAAACCUAUUGUUGAAUAAAUGUCUUGUUGGAGAUUUCCAUUACCAGUAAUUUCCAAGCUUGAUCAUGCCAUAUGUUA